GGAGUUUUAUUUUAUUUUUUGUCCUUUCUUUCCUCCUCUCCACUCCUCCCUCCCUUUCACCAAACCAUAUCAUACCUGUCAGUCCCUCCUUGCCAUUUAAUUUCUAGCUGCUGCCAUCAGUUCAUUUUUUCCUCAUCCUACGCCUCUUUCUGUCUCUAAAGUCUGAUGUUAUAUGAACUUGGAUGAAUUUUCUUCAAAGACAACUACAAAUCUCCUCAUGAAUGACUCUUUUUUCCCCUUUUCCUUCUCUUUUGGUCCCUCCACACCCAUUUUCUUUGCAUCACACUCUUGCGGGAUUCUUAAAUGUUACUCUAGACUGAGGAAGAGGAAAACUGAUCAUCAACAUGACUGGCUAAAGCAAAGCGAAGGCAAGAAAGCCUAAGAAGAAGAAGUAAGGGAGGGAAGAAGAAGAAGAAGAGGAGUACGUACACACCCACUGCUGCUCAUCUUCUCAUCUCCACGGCAACUGUGUUCACACACUUGCAGACUUCUGGGAGGAGACCUUGGCGAGCUGCAUCACGAGCGUCGGAGGAAGAGAGUUGGAUGGAAAGAGACGAAUGAAACAGCGUCCCUUCAUCAGCCAACAUAUUUAGUUCACACGCACGCUGACAUUUUGAGUUGGCAGUCAACUUUAUAUGUAACAUCAUCAAGUAAUUAAGCGUCCUUUGUACAUAUUACUCCACUUUAAAAACAGUCACCCCUGCCUCCUCCAGACACAGAUAACUCCCCAACAUCCCACCCUCACCCAACCUAAAGAGCGCUCACCCCUCGCCCCUCACCCCUCGUCCUGCAGGACCCCACCUCAGGCAGCUCUGCGUGACUUCAUCUGUCUACCAUCCCUUCAUCCGAGGCUAUGAGAGGAGGAGUCGAAUCCCAGAUCACUCCAUCAUGCCAGUUCUGAAGAGCAGAGAGGAGAUCCGGGCUGGCAAUGUUCAAGGGACGGCAUUUACACUCCUUCACAAUGCUUGUCAGCCUCCACCCUUCUCCCUCCCGUCUUCAGGACAAGCACUUUGUCUCCCCCCCUUCCUCCACCCCCCCUCCUCCUCACCCAGACCAGUCCUCUCAUCAUCCUUAUCCCCAGCCUCGGCUGACCCUGCCCUUCCUCUCCUGGUCCUUCUCUCUGCUCCUCUUCUCCAUUCUUCUGCUGCCCGUCUGCGAGUCCCGCAGGGGUGGAGGUCCAGGUUCGGGGCCUGGAGGUGCCCAAGGGGGGGGAGGCGGCCAGAGGGGAGGCGGCACCCAGAGAGGGGUAGUCAUCCCGCCUCAAUACUCUCCAGCGAUACCGGGUCUUCCCCCCAUCAACCCCAAACUGAUCAACUCUCUCAGCAUAGCGGUCAUCCUGGUGGGAAACUCUAGUGAAGUAACUCUGGGGGCGGGGCUUGAGAAAGAGGACUUCCUGCACAUCCCUUACCCUCCCAAAGUGGAGGUGGUCACCAUGAACGAGACCGACCCCAAGAGCAUCAUCAAUCGGAUCUGUGCUCAGAUGACGAGGAACUCUCUGCAGGGCGUGGUGUUCGGUGACGACACGGACCAGGAGGCCAUCGCUCAGAUCCUCGACUUCAUCUCGGCCCAGACACACAUCCCCAUCCUGGGCAUCCGCGGGGGCUCCUCCAUGGUCAUGGCUGCCAAGGACGACAACUCCAUGUUUUUCCAGUUCGGUCCGUCCAUCGAGCAGCAGGCCUCCGUCAUGUUGAACAUCAUGGAGGAGUAUGACUGGUACAUCUUCUCCAUUGUCACCACAUACUACCCUGGCUACCAGGACUUUGUCAACAAGGUCCGAAGCACCAUCGAUAACAGCUUUGUGGGCUGGGAGCUGGAAGAAGUCUUCUUGCUGGACAUGUCAUUGGAAGACGGAGACUCCAAGAUCCAGAACCAGCUGAAGAAACUGCAGAGUCCGGUGAUCCUGCUCUACUGCACCAAGGAGGAGGCCAGCACCAUCUUUGAGAUGGCUCACUCUGUGGGCCUCACAGGGUACGGCUUCACCUGGAUCGUGCCCUCGCUGGUGGCUGGAGACGCAGACAUCGUCCCCGAUGUCUUCCCCACAGGGCUUAUCUCUGUGGCAUAUGACGAAUGGGACUACAACAUCGAGGCCAGGGUACGUGAUGCAGUGGCUGUCAUAGCCACGGCGACCUCCACCAUGAUGCUGGACCGGGGGCCGCACACCCUGCAGAAGUCCAGCUGCCUCGGGACUCCGGACAAAAAGGGCUCCAACACUGGCCACUCCAAGGAAAUACUGAAGUACCUCAUGAAUGUGACAUUUGAAGGCAGAAACCUGUCAUUUAGCGAAAAGGGUCACCAGAUGUUUCCCAAACUGGUCAUCAUUCUUCUCGACAAGGACAGACAAUGGGACAGGGUUGGCAAGUGGGAGAGAGGCUCCCUGACGAUGAGGUACCAUGUGUGGCCUCGCUUCGAGGAGGAGCGGGAGGACCACCUGUCCAUCGUGACUCUGGAGGAGGCGCCGUUUGUGAUUGUAGAGGACGUGGACCCGCUCAGUGGGACCUGCAUGAGGAACACUGUGCCGUGCCGAAAACAGCUCAAACUAACCAAUCAGACGGGGGAUUCGGGGAUUUACAUCAAGCGCUGCUGCAAAGGUUUCUGUAUCGACAUCCUAAAGAAGAUCGCCAAGGCGGUCAAGUUCACCUACGACCUCUACCUGGUCACCAACGGCAAACAUGGCAAGAAGGUUAAUGGGACAUGGAAUGGCAUGGUUGGGGAGGUGGUGUUGAAGAAUGCUCACAUGGCAGUGGGUUCGCUCACUAUUAACGAGGAGAGGUCACAGGUCAUCGACUUCUCUGUGCCUUUCAUUGAGACGGGCAUCAGUGUCAUGGUCUCCCGUAGCAACGGCACCGUGUCCCCCUCCGCCUUUCUCGAGCCCUUCAGUGCUGAUGUCUGGGUGAUGAUGUUUGUGAUGUUGCUGUUGGUGUCGGCCGUGGCUGUGUUUGUGUUUGAAUACUUCAGCCCAGUGGGUUACAAUCGCUGCCUGGCAGAUGGGCGAGAGCCCGGCGGUCCCUCCUUCACCAUCGGAAAGGCCAUCUGGUUGCUAUGGGGUCUGGUUUUCAACAACUCCGUCCCCGUGCAGAACCCCAAAGGUACCACCAGUAAGAUCAUGGUGUCAGUGUGGGCCUUCUUCGCUGUCAUCUUCCUGGCCUCCUACACUGCCAACCUGGCCGCCUUCAUGAUCCAAGAGGAGUAUGUGGACCAGGUGUCGGGCCUGUCAGAUAAAAAGUUCCAGAAUCCAAACGAAUUCUCACCGCCGUUCCGGUUCGGCACGGUGCCCAACGGGAGCACAGAGCGCAACAUCCGCAACAACUACCGGGACAUGCACACUUACAUGACCAGCUUCCACCAGAAGAACGUAGACGAAGCGCUGUACAGUCUGAAGAGCGGCAAACUGGAUGCCUUCAUCUACGACGCUGCGGUGCUGAACUACAUGGCGGGCCGAGACGAAGGCUGUAAGCUGGUCACCAUCGGCAGCGGCAAGGUGUUUGCCUCCACCGGCUACGGCAUCGCCAUCCAGAAAGACUCCGGCUGGAAACGAGCCGUGGAUCUGGCCAUCCUCAUGCUGUUUGGAGACGGUGACAUGGAGGAGUUUGAGGCUCUGUGGCUGACGGGCAUCUGCCACAAUGAGAAGAACGAGGUGAUGAGCAGCCAGUUGGACGUGGACAACAUGGCGGGCGUCUUCUACAUGCUCGGGGCCGCCAUGAUUCUGUCAUUACUCACUUUCAUCUGUGAACAUUGGUUCUACUGGCAGCUGCGUUUCUGCUUCAUGGGCGUGUGCACGGGACAGCCCGCGGCCACCUUCACCAUUAGCAGAGGUAUCUGGAGCUGCAUCCACGGGGUACAAAUUGAGGAAAACAAGUCAACCAUUGACUCGCCCUCAGCCACCAUGAAGAAGAACAUGAACAACACCCACUCCAACAUCCUGCGGCUGCUCCGCACGGCUAAGGACAUGACUGCCGUCCCGGGCGCUAACGGCUCUCCACACCCGGCGCUGGAGUACAGCCACAGCGCGCGUGAAUCGACUAUCUAUGAUAUGCAGGAGCACCGGCGCAGCUUGGUAGGUCACCCUGCCGACUGCAAGACAGCGCCUCCCUACCUGCCAGAGGACAACAUGUUCAGUGACUACAUCAGCGAGGUGGAGAGGACUUUUGGGAACUUGCCCCUGAAGGACAGCAACCUGUACCAGGACCAUUACCUGCACCACCACCCGGCCUCGGCUCUGGGUAUGUCCGGCCCCGCGCCUAACAGGCCGCGUAGCUUAGGCAGCACUAGCUCGUUGGAAGGUGGCAUGUUUGAUUGCGACAGUUUAGGGGGAGGGGUAGCGCCCAUCUUCACCACCCAGCCCCGCCCAUCCAUGACUCACAGGAAUACCAAUAAGUUCGACCUGAUUGCCGGCCACGCCCCUGCGGACUCCGACCAGGGUGGGUUCAAGGGGAACAAUGUGUACGGGAGGUUUUCUUUCAAAGGAGGCGCAUCCAGCACGGGGCUCAUCGGGGGUCAUGACCGGUACUGUGGUGGGGGUGGGGCAGGCUCAGGGGGGGAUGAUGGGAACAUUCGCUCAGACGUUUCGGAUAUCUCAACGCACACUGUCACCUACGGCAACCUGGAGGGCAACAACAAGCGGCGUAAGCAGUACAGGGACAGCCUGAAAAAGAGGCCAGCUUCGGCCAAGUGCAGACGGGAGCAGGACGAGAUAGAGCUGAGCGGCCUCAGGAGGAGAGCCCACCACCACACCGUCCACCACCACUUCCCCCACGGGCCUCAGGCACACCGCACGGUCUCACCUCCCCUGGAGCGGAAGAGAGGAGGAGGAGGGGGUAAUUCUUCACCUUUCGUAUUCCGCAAAGAAAAGGAGAACCUGAGGGAUUUCUAUGCGGACCAGUUCCGCUCCAAGGAGGGCAAGGCCCAGUGGGAGCACGAGGGUGGAAGUGGAGGAAGCGGUGUGGGCGGUGGUAGUGGUGGUGGUAUCUGUAAGAGCUUAGUUCCUGUAGAAGACUUCCUCAAAGGUAAAGGCAAGAAGCCGGAGUGUAAAGGUGGGCUCGGCACAGUGUCGGCAGGGCAGCAGGCCCACACCUGCUGGGAGAAGGGGGUCUCUGGGCUAGGAGGGGGGGGCAUAGCAGGGGGUGACUGGGAGUGUCGUAAUAGCCACAAUGUGUGUCACCACGGAGGGGGUGGCGCUUGCCCGGCUAACGGGGUUGGGGGGAGCAGCAGUCGCCCCAGCUCCGCUAGCUGCAAACGCGGCGACUCCUGUAAGGUCCCGCCGGGAAACCUUUACAACAUCAGCGAGGACAACAACAUGGUGUUCGCUGCAAGGAAGAGUAGCGUGGGACCGGCCCAACCUCAAACUCAGGCGCAGCGCAGGAAGCUAGGGCCAGGGGGGAGGGUGUUACGGAGGCAGCACUCGUAUGACACAUUUGUGGACCUGCAGAGGGAGGGGACGGGUCGCAUGGGAGGGGUUGGCGGAGGCGUUGGGGGGCCUUAUGCCCAGCCUCGGAGUGUGAGCUUAAAAGACAAAGAUCGCUCCAUGGAGGGCCCCAGCCCUUACGCUCACAUGUUUGAGAGGUAUGCAGGGGAGUCUUCCAUGUUCGGAGGAAUAGGCGGGGAUAGGGCGAAGGGAGGCUCGUCCUUCAGCUUGUUCCGAGAAGGUGGGUUGCAUCAGCGGUCGGUGGGGGAGAGAGACCUGAGGGACAGAGAUAGAGCUAUGUCAGGAGGUGGUGGUGGCAGCAGAGGGGCCGGGACUUACUCCUUGUCUAAAUCUCUCUACCCAGAUAAGGUGAACCAGAACCCCUUCAUCCCAACCUUCGACGACGACCAGUGUCUAUUACACGGCGGCAAACCGUACUACAUCAAAAAGCCACAGACGCAGCAACAGCAGCAGCAACUUCUCAACAACAGCCGGGGAGGAGGGGACUUCCGCGGCUCCAUGGGAACGACUUCCUAUUUGCCCGCGUCCGCCACAGCUGGGGUGAUGUCCAAUGUGGCCCCCAGGUUCCCCAACGAUCUGUGUCUGGGCGGGGUAGGGGGGCCCAUGGGGAACCACCACGGGGCCAGCAAGCUAAUGCCUGUGGCCAGGGACACUUUGGGUUUGGGGCCGGGGCAUAGACCCUUCAACGGUGCCAGCAAUGGACACGUUUAUGAAAAGCUCUCCAGCAUUGAGUCAGACGUCUGAGGGUGAGGCAGAAAGAGAGGGAGAAGAUGAAGUGGGUGAAGAAAAGAGGGGGAGAAACACACAGAUGCUGAUGACCUCUCUGUGUGAGGAUGAGGAGACACUAUACUGUGUGUGUUGUUCUCCGAUAAAUGGGAAUGUAAUUUGGACGAUGCACAGAGGCCGCUGCAGGCUAAGCUGUGAAGUCCGGCGGGAGACAAGUUUUUAAUGAGAAGAGAGGAUUCUGGUGCUGCUCCAACGCUCAGAACGGUUGGGAGGGAGGGGGAAAAGUGAAAUCAAAUCUCCAGUCUCUGCUCUCUUCACGUGCUCAUUGUCUUUCCCUCCUUCCUGCAGUUCCUUAACGCCAAAACAAACAUUUUGUUUGACAGAAAUACAAUCAUGAAUGAGAAAUCAGCACUUCUGUUGAAGUAACAGGGUAAACUAAUAAUAAUUGUAUUGAUAAUGUUGAUAAUAUUAUUGAAUAUUAUUCCAGUGUUUAAUGAUGAUCGGUUUGGAUUGUUUUUUCAAUUUUAUUGAUUUAAAUAGUUCAUGUUACAUAUUUGUAUGAUGUUAAUUAUUUCUUAGCUUACCAAUGUUACAGGGGACUGGUAGACUUUUUUUGGGUUCCUGUAAUUUGGACUCUUCUUUGCUAUUUAUUCUUCAUGUUUGAUUUUCUUUUUUACUUUUCUUACUCUUGAGUGCUGUGAAGUGUAUGUGAAAGGCAUGACUUGCUGAGUACAUUCUAUGUACUUAUACAUUUGCAAAGAAGGUAUUUUUUUCAGCUGCAGAAGCAACAUCAUCAUACUGAUUUGCCGUUUCCUCUCCUUUUUUCUGCUCGGCAGUACCAAAUGGGUCUCACAUUUUGAGCUGGACGUGCCUUAAAGGAUAACUACUGAUUUUGUACACACAAGGUCUGUUCUGUUGGUAGACAGAUCCACCUGCAAACAAUUAGUCAAAUUGAUUUAAGUGUGAAAAUACACCUGAAGAAGUCUGAUGAGGGUUUCAUAAGCAUAACAGACUUUUAGGCAUUUGACAGAUGUAAUAAAGCAGAAUUUGCCGCCGUAGAGGAAGCUUCAAUUCCUGCAUUUGUCCCAAUCAAUAGCAGGAUUACAAGGGUUAAAACCACAGUGCCAUAAUAAACAAAACAUUCCUGUUUUCCCCAAAAGUGCAUGAGAAAAAAUAAGAGUUGAAAAUAACGGGGGCUUCUUUUUCUAUUAUCUCCACCAUUCAACUAAGUCCUUGAAUUACAAAGAAGUUCAACUAGCUUCAUCACUCCUCACCUCCUCAGUUCACAACUGGGACCCAGGAUCCGACUGUCCAUUAAAAACAUGUAAAUCACAUUUAAUAUUCUCUUGUUGCUCUCAUCACGUCUCACUUGGUCCAACUCAAUCGGCCGUGACAGUUUGCUGCUCAGGACAGGCACAUAAUGGACUCAGAGCGAGGCCUCUGUUGCUGCGAUGAGCUGCAGUAAUGUUAAUUAUUUCACGAUUACAGCUCUAAGCCCUGCCUGCUGUAUUAGAUGGUCCCAUCUGAAUAAUGAGGGGGGGAACAUGUCCACUCUGCUGGUGUAAAAGACCACAGGAAACUGGUACCUAGUCCCAAAUGAUCUCUUGAUUUAUUCUUGCAAUUACUCAUAAAUAAGUAAUUCUACCUUUUAAAAUGGGGUUUUUUGGUACAUGCAACUGUGCUCCCAAUGAUGCUACUUAAUAGUUUUUCCCUGAUAAUUUGACAUUUUGGGGAAUGCACUGAUUUGUUUGCUUGCCAAGCUUUUAAUGAGAAAAUCUAAACCAAUCUCUUACAAUGCAACAGCCAGCAGUCAGUAAGCUUAGCUUAGCAUAAGGACUGGAAACAGAGGGAAACAGCUAGCCUAGCUCUGUCCCACAAAACAGCAUCCACCAACCAUUGCCUUAAAGGUUAUUAUUUAAGGUCCAGUGUGUAGGUUUUGGUGGCAUCUAGCAGAUAAAGAGCUUCGGAGAACCAGUGGCCUUCAGGUAAUAUAAAAAAGGUAAAAAGGCCCUCUCUACAGCCUGAGUUUAGUUUGUCCGUUCGAGCUUUUUUGAAACAUGGCAGACGCUGAAACAGCUCAGCUACCUAGAUACCAAGGGCUCAUUAAAAGGUAACGAAGACACAACUAUUCUUAGUUUCAGGUCCUUUUACACUAAUUAAACAUAGGUAUAAACAUUAUAUAUUACUUUUCUCUCUGGAUAUAUCUUUUUGCUUUAAUCCAUACAAAAACUGAAGUGUAACGAUGAUAUGUUGGAGGCUGUGGGACUUUCUCAAAGUUACCGGUAAAGGAAUAGUCCACAAAACCACAACUUGUUUGAUACUUUUGUUUGAGUUAUUUACAGAUUAAACAUAGGAGAUAUAAAGAGCUAGUGUAUAAUUGGGAAGGUGUGAUGUGUUCCCCCUGUUUCCAGUCUUUCUAAGAAGCUACGCUAACAGGCCACUGCUCCUGAAUUAUUAUUUAAAAAACUGAUAUUUGAUGAGUGGUAUCGAUCUCAGCUAUCUCAACAAAGAAAUACACUGUAUUGACUUUUUCUUACAUUUCGAAAAGAUAACCUGGAUAAUAUAAGACUUUCAUCAUAUUAUAAGUCUUUCAUCAUAUUAUCCCUUUCAUCAUUUUGCCCAGCGUGUAGCUGAAACUCACAUUCAACAGAACAUAAAGAAUAAUUUCACAAUGUUCUGUAACACUGAUUUCCCCCCCCCCCCCCCCCGCUGGACCAUAAUCUGUUUCACAUGCUGAGAUUUUAAUGAAGGAAAUAAUUUGCCCUCAAGUCCUCUGGGAUCCUGUGUGAAUUGUGUCAGAUGCAGACGUGAGGAGAAAAAAAGAAAGAGGAAGUCAGCAGAAAGUGAAGCAGGUGGCACAUUUAGUAAAAAGCAUCACCUUUCUAACUGAUGUUGUUUCAUGAUCAAAUGGCGGCUCCCAAAUUCACAACAUCAGACACAAAAGUCAUCUCUGCUUUGAAACUGACAAAUAGUAAGAUUUGGUUUAAGCCUUUCACCACCAUUAAAUAUUAUCAAUCACAAUUGUAAACUUCUAUUCCCCACUCCCAGUUAUUUAUUGUCAGAUAAACCAGACAUUUAGUCACUCUGCCAAACCAAAUUUAGAAACCUAAGCACAAUCUGACUGGAUUUAUUUAGUUUGUUGAACAUCCCAGUCUAAACUUUAGAAGACUUUCCUUCUCUAGGUUGACAAGUCAGUAUGUAUGAUACUAGGGGGUCUCUAGUGUUUGUGAGGACUUGCAUGUAUACACUCUUCUUUAUUUCAGUUUUUUAAUCUUAACUUUUAGCCCAGAAAAAUGGGUGUUUUUGAACAAUAUUUGGAAUUUUUAUCAAUUUAAUUGGUACUGAUGAUCCAUGUAGUACUGUAGGUGUGUGUGUGUGCGUGUGUGUUUGUGCAAGAUAGGACACCAAUCUCAACAGUCAAAGUUUUUAGUUAUACUUUAAUACAAAUUGCUAAAUUAAGUCAAGAUUACACUAGAAAAUAUAUUUAUAAAUCUUCUACAAGGAUCAAUUUUCUUGCUAGUUGGUGUAAAUGCUUUUAACAAGGUUGAGGUCUUGAUUAAUUCAUCGUCACUGAAGAAGCCUUUUCAUCAUUUCAACUACUUUCCUGGUAUUUUCCUUUGAAUAUCAUAAUUUCCGUUGUUGUAUGUGCCUGAAUACAUACGCUUAAUUACCUCUGUGUGUGCUCAUAUGGGAGAGAGACAGAGUGUGUGUGAGAGAUAACUGUUAAUUGUACAUGUAUUAUGAAACUGUAUGUAAAUACUUUACCUCACGCUCAUGGACUUUUGAUAAAAACUGUACAAAAAUGGCAAUGAAUAGAUCUAUUUGGGAUAAAUCUUUGAUUCGUUGGUCCCCACGCAAAACUGCUUUUGUAAUGACUUCAGGCCAGGAUACGUGCAAUCGUUUAUUGUGCACAUUUAAUGCGUCAUGGUUUGUUAAUGUGAUUUUAUUUCUGAUUUGGUUUGGUCAAAGACCAGCUAAGAAGGUUGUUUUCUCAACGCACCAUUACUAAGUGUCCCACAGAAAGCACAAUCGAAAAUGUAUCGCAUUUUUACUGAGGUGUUCUUUUUUCUUUCCUCUUUGGCUAAUCUUCUGUUUUUGUGUUUCUGUGCCACAGAAGAAUCGAACAACUCCACCCCUGAACUGUACAGAUUGUGAAAAAUGUACAUAGGACAAAAAUCUAGUUCGAACUCGCAUUUUUUGUAUGGAGAGAAAUUACUUGUGUGAAGAGAGUAUUUCAAAUUUGAUUGAAUAUUUAGUAAUAUUGAAAAUGAGAUUAAACGCAGUCAAUGUGAAAAUAAGUGCUGAGAAAUAUUAUUCUUCUGUCUCUUUGGAAUAAAAGUGUUGAGUAUUAAUAAAA